AAGACCCUUACAUACUUCAAAUCCAACAUUCGUAAACUAUUUGAAUAAUCUUGAAAAUUGUGUUCGACAAUUAGAGAAUAAGAAAACAAAAACCAAGAGACAAGUUAGAAAUGGUGGACAAAUUAGAAAUAAUGGACAAAUUAGAAAUGGUGAAAAUUUGGGUACUAAUAGUGUUAUCGUAGUUAUUUGUCUUGAUCCUGUGACAUAUUUGAGAUGGCUAGAACAUCGCUUUCGACAAUUAGAAAAUCAAUUUAAGAUUUAUCAUAAGCGCUAA